AUGAGUCAUUGGGUCAAUAGUAAGAUGGCGCCGAAUAGAUACACAUGUUUAGCGUGCAAUAGACAAAUUAGAGUAGAUGCAGGUUGCAUCGGAUGCUGUGAAUGCAAAAAAUGGUUUCAUAAAUCUUGUAGUGGCUUAAGUGUUAGUGAAUUCAAAAAAUGGUUUCAUAAAUCCUGUAGUAGCUUAAGUGUUAGUGUAUUCAAAAAAUACUACGCUGAUUUUAAAAAAACUAAUAAAACAAGCUGGAAAUGUUCGCGCUGCUCAUUUGAGGUUAGUAUUGUUGACUCAGGAGAUGAGAUUGAUGAUACUGAUGACGAAUCGCCACUAAGUAUUAAGCAAAUUGAACAAAUGUUUAUCAAAUACAUUACCCCGUUCAAGGAGAAAAUAGAUAAACUCGAAGAUAGUGUUAUAGGAUUACACGCAGAUUUAAAAAAAUUUACGGAGCAAAAUAAUAAACUCACUCAACAACAAAAAUCAUUAGAAAAAAAGAUUACUGAUAUUGAAAAGCAACUGGUGUCUGUCAAAAGCGGUUCUGCUGACCAAAAUGAAAUAAUCUCAGAGCUGAAUGAGCGUAAAAAGCGUGAAUCGGAAGUCAUCAUUAUAAAUGUACUAGAGUCCAAGAAACCACCCGGUGUAGACCGACGUCAAGAAGAUGUGGAGAUAAUCAAAACACUUAUCCCACCGGACAUAUCUAACUUGUUACCUGAUAUCAAACUUCGUCGUCUUGGGAAGCCAACGCAGGGGAAAACCAGACCAGUACUACUCUAUACACCGUCGUCUAAGGUAGCAAGAGCAAUCAUAAAGUCAAAGCCAGCUACGGAGACCAACAUUAAAUUUAAAUUUAGUUUAACCCAAGCCCAACAACAACAUCUCAGCACACUCAGAGCAGAGCUUGAUGAGUUAGCUGAGAAUGAAGACAUUAAUGAAACAAUCAAGUACAUUAAUGGCGUGCCUAAGAUACAACACGGGUUCGUUAGUGGACAUUCAACAGCCACGAACCUUUACUUAUACACUGGACAUGUCCUAGAUGCCAUGAACGAAGGAUUAACUACUCACACUAUAUACACUGAUUUUUCAAAAGCAUUCGACAUGGCAAUCUACUAUCUCAAUAAUCAUCUACUCACUGAAGGGUCUUUCGUGAAAGACUUAAGUAUAAUUGUUGACAGCAAGCUGAACUUCGUAAAACACGUUGACAAAAUAACAUCUCAGGUGUACAAGAUAUUGGGAUUCAUAAUUAGAUCAGGCAAAGAAUUUAAAGACCCCAAUACGUUAAUACACCUUUUCAAAACAUUGGUUCACCCGAUCCUAGAAUACUGCAGCAUCAUUUCGUCACCUCAUACACAGGGCCUGGUCGACGAGGUUGAAAAAAUACAACGCAAAUUUUGCAAAUUUGUAUCAUACUUUAUGUACACAAAAGAUGUCCACUUAAGUACAGAAGAGGUAUAUAAUCAGUUCAAGCUGGACAGUUUGAAAAACCGUCGUAUUGUUGCAGAUCUUACAUUUUUCUACAAGGCUAUCAAUGGCGAAAUACAGUCUCCAGAAAUACGUAAUCAAUAUGAGCUGAUUGAACUUAGAUCAGGCUUAAGAUCUACUAGACUACUAAGUAGCACGAAAACAUCAAAAAACUAUGUCUAUCAUGGACCUAAAAACAGAAUAUCAAACCUAGUCAAUAAAUAUAGCUCAGACAUCGAUUUCUUCAUGGACUCAAUCUCAAGUUUCACCUCCAAAGUCAAGAAUUCAAUAUCAACCAGCUAG